AUGAUCAAGCUAAUUGGUGGAUCGAGGUCUGAAAAUGGAGAAAUUGUGUAUACUUUCACCUUCCCGACACACACGUACAUGCGCUCGGAGGAGUCAGCACGUCGUCAGCUCGCCUCUUUGCUCCGUUUCAUUCUACUCUGCCCCACCCGUCGCCUGCCCAUCCUCUUUCCCACCUGCACUCCGCCACUCUACGCCAUGUUUGCAGACAUGCACAAGACAUGCUCACUCUCAGGCUGCACACAAACAGGUGAGAAGUGA